AUGAGUAAUACAAAUGGCUUUCACCCACCAUCAUCAUCGAUGGUAUACAAUGGUCAAAGUGAAACUUCGAAGCGUCUACCAAGUACAAGUAGUACGAGCAGUACGAGUAGUAAUAGUACCACAGCAACAAAUAAGCGUCUAAAAGCAAAGAUCGUCGUGUCGACGAUAACCGAAACACGGACAAUGAAAAGACAUACGAAUAAGAAAUCCAAAACAUCUCUGGAUACAACUAAAAAACGUCAUAAUCACAAUGACUCAAAUAACAAUACCACGAAAAAAGUCAAACAAUCAACCCAUUCUCGACAACUACUAACACAUCCGAUCAUUCAAAAUCAUCAGAAGAAAUCUGCAAAUCAAACAGAAAAUCUUCCCACGCCGUCAACGAAAACCGAUCAGCAUCAACGACGUCAUCAUCACCAUCAUCAUCAUCACAACGUUAUCAACAAUGAUCAUUGUGAUUUCUGUGGGGAAUUGUACGGUGAAAUGAUAUCAUGUGAUACUUGUCCAGCAACGUUUCAUCUGCUGUGUGCAAAUCCUCCACUAUCACGAGAAGACGUUCCCAAAGGUUCAUACUUCUGUGAAAAUUGCCGAGCGAAAACUACCGACGAAGAACUAGUCAACAAAGAUAAGCAAAUGAAAGCAAAUGUGCCAACACCGAAAACAUUGGCAUUAGAUCAGAAAAACAAGAUCCUUGUCAAUGGGUUCAAAAAGCACCCCCAACGGAAUUCUCCUUUAGAACAAGUCAAACUACCCACAACAUCCAAUGGUAGAUCCUUAGUUCAAGCAUCUGGCGAAAUCAAAUUUCGUGCAACAAAUAGUACUGCGAAAUCUAAAGUACCAUCAUCAAAUUUCAAACGUAAACGAAAUGAUUCGUCUAUAUCGCCUCCACCAGCUCCCAGUUCAAACAACAAUGUUAAUUCAAUUAAAAUUCCCACCACACAAAUCGAAACUCUACGUCGUUUGUUACUUUCAUGUCGACCGGAAGAGUUUCGCGGCCCAGCUUUACCCUUCGACGAUCCGAGUUACAACCGUGAUAAUUAUUUUCAAAAGAAUGUUUUAUCGUGGCAGAAAUUUUGUUUUAUUUGUCGCAAAUCUUCGACAAAUCAUAUUCCAUCAAUUCAUUGUGAUUAUUGCCCGUUAACAUAUCAUUUAGAUUGCCUGAAUCCGCCAAUGAGGUCUUUGCCAUCGUCGACGGAUAAAUGGAUGUGUCCGAAUCAUAUAGAGCCGAUAUUAGACCGAUAUUUAUUGCGAAAAAAGAAACUUUCAACGAGCGAACGUGUGAAAAUUUAUCAACAAUAUUCUCAAAUUGAACAUAAAACAAUUAUACAAGAUUUUAUACAUAUGAGACAGAAGAAAUCUCAUCUACUAUGGGAAACAUUCGACAAUCAUCGCUUAGAACGUAUUGAUGCCAGUCAAAUACCAAAAGUGAUCGAAGAUUUUUAUUUUAAUGCAAAUAUGAAAUCAAAACCAAUCUGUUUGGAUGAAAUCGAAGACAAUGCUGUACAGACUUCCGUUCCCAUUGAUGAACCUUCAACACAAUAUGACCCAUGUGUUUGGGAUACAUUGCAAGCAAUGUUAAAUCAAAUUACUGGCGGUCAGAAAUAUGAACUCUCAUCAAUAGUUGAUUCAUCGUUAUCGAUUGAAAAUAAUCAAAUGAAAAGAAGAUUCGACGACAAACAAUCGAAUGUUCUUGAUACCAUCGAUAGUCUAUUAACUGCAUUGAAUGAACCGAACUAUUCCAUUGAACAAAAUAGGACAACUAAUGAUCGAUUUGCAGCUCUUGUUUCUGCAGCUGAUUCUUGUUUUAAUGAUGAAAAGUCUUCAGAGCCGCCAAAACCAGUUCCAAAUUCACAAGUGAACUCUCUCUCGCUCCUCAUUGAUCUUUCACAAUUUCGUUUAUCUCACGCCGCUUUAAUUCAUACACGCACUAAACAUGUGAUUUAUAUACGUAAACAAGUUAUUUGGUUUGGCUCAUCGAAAUCGAAUGAUGUUUGUUUGAAGAAUUUUAAUGAUCAACAAACAUGUCAAUAUGUAACGGAGAAACACGCAUGUUUAUACUAUGACCGACGACGUAACAUAUUCGAAUUAUUGAAUUAUAGCGAAUACGGAACAAUCGUAAACGGCUUUCGGUACGGUUUAGGAAGUCUAUCCGAUGAUGAAAGUGACGAUGAUGAUGAUGAUGAUGAUGAAGAAAUACAUGAGAAUGAAAAUUUACAAAGAUGUUUCUGUUUGACUACGCCGAUGUAUCAUUCAGCAUGGGAUGGACCUGCCCAAAUAGAACAAGGAACAGUAGUUCAAAUUGGUUGUCAUGAAUUUCUCUUUUACCGGCAUGUUGUCCGAUAG